CAAGAAAAAGAGAUCUAAAUUAUGGUAUUUAAUUCGAAAAAGACAAAGACAAAAUAACCAAAUAAAAUAUGCUAGAAAAUCAUUGCAUUAGAAGAGACCUCUCCCAAAUGUUUAUAUAUAUAGAGGUUCCUCUAAUGACUUUGAAUUAUUAUAUCAAAAUAAGAAAGAGCUCGACUUGUUCUUCAGAAGAUUCGAUAAUAUCAAACUUCUUGAAAACUUCCAAGAAUGAAUCAUUCAACGUCGCUGGAUGAGGUAGAAGGGACCAAAACAAUCCCUUUUGGCCGGAGGUAUCAAAGAGGAGGGCAAAGAGUUUUCGCUCCAAAACUUUUGGAAGCUCUUCGUCGUUCAAGAAGAAGUUCAGAAGCUCCGGCGAGCCAUAUUAGUCGGAGAUGGAGAGCCCCGGCAGCUCAGAAGGCUUAUUCAUUAAAACUCUACGAUGCUCUCCAGCGUUCGCGGCGAAGCACAACGGUCCGGGACACUGCUGACAAAAUGCUCGCGGCUACGGCUCGUGGUACGACUCGGUGGAGCAGAGCCAUAUUGGUGAGCCGGUACAGGAUGAGUCUGCGCCGACACAAGCAUACAAAGCCGGCUCCGGCGGCUAGGGGAGGUGUAGGGAGGAGGAGGAAGUUGUCGGUGGUGGGAUAUCGGGUCCGGGCGUUGGGUGGGUUGGUGCCGGGUUGCGAGAGAGCGGCUUUACCGGAGCUUUUGGACGAGACGGCGGAUUACAUAGCGGCGUUGGAAAUGCAAGUCCGAGCCAUGACGACUCUAACGAAGAUUCUGUCUGAGUUUCAGCCGUCCGUUAAAAUCGGCUCAGGAUUGUAGCCGAUUGCAUGAGCCUUUGGUGUUUAUUAUUUGUUUUGAUUAUUCUUUUACGAAUUUAUAAUGUCUAAAUGUUGUACUUAAUCAAGUGUUUGCAAUGGGGAAAUUGUCAAAAAUCAUCACGAGUUGGACGAAAAUAUUGUGUAUUUUUGUUAUUGUUCGAA